ACACAGACACAUACACAAAUCCGUCAACAAAACAAGUGCACACAAAUAAAUACCUGGCUCGCUAGAUUGCCAAGAGCAAUGGCCUUUAGGUCAUCCAUCCUGCUCGCCAUGGUGGCGCUGGCUACGCUAUUCGCGGUCGGUUCAUGCACCACCCCGCUCACCUUCCAGGUCGGCAAGGGCUCCAAGCCUGGCCACUUGGUCCUCACCCCCAACGUUGCCACCAUCUCUGACGUGGAGAUCAAGGAGCACGGUGGUGACGACUUCUCCUUUACGCUCAAGGAGGGUCCGACUGGCACUUGGACGCUUGACACCAAGACCCCGCUCAAGUAUCCCCUCUGCAUCCGCUUCGCUGUCAAGUCUGGUGGCUACCGCAUCGCCGACGACGUCAUCCCCUCCAAUUUCAAGGCCGGCACCACCUACAAGACCACCCUCAGCAUCUGAUUAGCCUCUUAUGACGAAUAAUAUUUUGAGAGAGCUCAUCUGGACCAUGUGCCAGCGAGCUAAUAUUUAAUUUUUUUCUUUGGUUAUAUUGAGGCACCACACGAGCCAAGAAAAAAGUUAUGCUACAUGUCCCUUCUCGCGCCUUAUUGCGUUAGGUUGAUAUGCAUGAUUACAUAGAUUAAAAUACACUUUUAUUUAAGAUUUUUUGGGGAGAAAUAUAUUGAUCUGGUCCACCUUCAUUAUCCAGAUGCUUGUUCAUUUGAUUUUCCAAUGUUUGGAUACUUAUGAAAUCCUUUGUUGCUUUUGUUUCUAUUACUAGAUCAAUGAAGUUCGUUUUGUCGA